AUGCCGUACGAUAUCAAGGAUUUAUUCAACGUGCGCGGCUUGGUUGCCGUCAUCACCGGCGGGAGCUCUGGUCUGGGCAAGACGAUGGCUCUCGCCCUCGCUACCAAUGGAGCCAGCAGAGUCUAUAUCCUGGGCCGCCACAAAGAGACUCUCGAAGAUACAGCCGACAUGCAUCCUGGUGUUAUCAUUCCUAUCGUUGCGGAUGUAGGCUCAAAGGCCUCUCUUGCUGCCGCUGCCGAUCAAAUUCAUACUGAAACCGGAUACAUCAACCUGCUCGUCGCAAAUGCAGGGAUGCUUUAUAUGGACUCACCGGAAGCUAUCAGCGUAAAGGUCGGUCGCACUCUACAGGAGAAUGCGACUCCUGAUGAGUUGGAAUCCUUCCUCAUGGAUACUCCGGUCGAUGAAUUCUUAGACACGUUCCGGGUAAACACAACAGGGGUAUUCUACACCAUUGCGGCUUUCAUAUCGUUACUGGACAAGGGCAAUAAGCGAGGAAAUGUCUUUCAGAAGAGUCAGGUCAUCGCUGUGAGCAGCGUCGCAGCACAUAACCGGAGAGUGGUUGGGGGCUGUGCGUAUGGAAUGAGUAAGGUAGCUGUGAUAAUGUUGAUGAGGAAGAUGAUGACGUAUUUGAUUCCUCAUGGGAUUCGAGCAAAUACUAUUUCUCCUGGCCUGUUCCCAAGCAAUCUGUGUGGAAGCCCAGCCAACGAAGAGAUCUCGGUCGAGGGCGCGUUUGACCGCGAGUUCAUUCCGCUGCAAAGAGCAGGGAGGCGCGAGGAGAUUGCUGGGACUAUCUUGUAUCUGGCCAGUAAGGCAGGCGGGUACGUUAAUGGAGAUUUGCAUCUGAUUGACGGGGGGAUGGCAGGGUGCAGCAGUUGA